UCUGGGCUCGGAAGUGGUGGUUGGGAGGGGCUUCCUUUGCACAGACUUCCUUUCCCGCUAGGUUAGGGGUUGUCGCUGCAGUGCUGUCUCGUAGGUAUGUGCGCAAGUAAUCCGUAGGCCAGGGCUUCAGAAUCCUGUGGCUACGUAGGUUUUCUUUUGGCUUCUGAAAUCUGUUUAAAGCCGUGGUUCGUUCGUCCUCAAGGACCUAGUCUGACUGAAAACCAAAAUACUGGACUGCCUGGUUCAGGACUGGACGCCUAGCCAACCUACUGAAUUGGAGCUUCAGAUCCAUGGCAACAAAGGAGUCAGGAGAUGCCAAAGCACAGUUGGCGCUCACUUCAUCAGCCAAUGAGAGCCAAGAAGUGCCUGAAAAACCGAACUAUGCUCUCAAAUGUACUCUGGUGGGACAUACGAAAGCUGUAUCAUCAGUUAAAUUUAGUCCUAAUGGAGAAUGGCUAGCAAGUUCUUCUGCUGAUAAACUAAUUAUAAUUUGGGGAGCAUACGAUGGAAAAUAUGAGAAAACACUCUAUGGUCAUAAUCUGGAAAUAUCAGAUGUUGCCUGGUCAUCAGAUUCCAGUAGUCUUGUUUCUGCCUCAGAUGAUAAAACUCUAAAGAUAUGGGAUGUGAGAUCAGGAAAAUGUUUGAAAACACUGAAGGGACACAGUAAUUAUGUCUUUUGUUGUAAUUUCAAUCCACCAUCCAAUCUCAUCAUUUCAGGAUCUUUUGAUGAGAGUGUGAAAAUAUGGGAAGUGAAAACAGGAAAGUGCCUCAAGACUUUGUCUGCUCAUUCUGACCCAGUUUCUGCUGUUCAUUUUAAUUGUAGUGGGUCUUUGAUAGUGUCAGGUAGCUAUGAUGGUCUCUGUAGAAUCUGGGAUGCUGCCUCAGGCCAGUGUUUAAAAACACUUGUGGAUGAUGAUAACCCUCCUGUCUCUUUUGUAAAAUUUUCUCCAAAUGGUAAAUAUAUUCUUACUGCAACUUUGGACAACACUCUUAAACUGUGGGAUUACAGCAGAGGCAGAUGCCUGAAGACAUAUACUGGUCACAAGAAUGAGAAAUACUGCAUUUUUGCUAAUUUUUCAGUUACUGGUGGAAAAUGGAUUGUGUCUGGUUCUGAGGAUAACCUGGUUUACAUAUGGAACCUUCAGACUAAAGAGAUUGUACAGAAAUUACAAGGUCAUACAGAUGUUGUAAUCUCAGCAGCUUGUCAUCCUACAGAUAAUAUCAUUGCAUCAGCAGCAUUAGAAAAUGACAAAACAAUUAAACUGUGGAUAAGUAACUAUUAAUCCCUUUGGAAACCAAGUAGUAGAGCCAAGUUGGCAAAAAAAUUUUUUAAAAAGUGGUUUCUCUUAAUUUAGGCAUGGUUUUAUAUUUCUUUUUAAAUCUGUCUUUGAUUAUAAGAUUUUGAGGCUUAUAACCUACAUUUACAAAAUGAAAACAGUUGGAAAAUGAUGUCUAGAACUUAGAGCUUCUGACUUCUAAUCUUGAGGCCUGUUAGUAAUCUCAUGUCUCUCUUCCUGUACGGUUUCCCAUUAGGGUCUUCUCAGUGACUAUCCUAGAGGGUCAGUGUAUUUGAGAAAUAUUUAGAAAUUAAGAUUAUAGAACAGGGGGUGACUAAAUAAGGGCAUUUGGAAUAAUUCUAGGGUUUCUGGUUUGGAAAAUGCUUAAGUCAGGGAUGGUGGUGGAGAUUUCUUAUCAAGAAAAAACCUAAAAAUAUACCAAAUGUUGCUUACUGAAGGACUGCGCACUACCUUGUUAGAUUGUGCUGUCUUGUGAUUAUUCAGACAAGCUAAAUGAAUGGUGAAAACUUUUCUCCUUCGUUAUAUGUCCGACCUACUGUCUCCCACCCAUGGUUCAAACUCAGUUCAGAAAUCAGUACUUGUGGAGCCAUCACUGCUUGCCUCCAGUUGCAGCUGACAGCUGAGUUAGGUGUUCCUAUUUCUAUUAUUCACCAAUUUGUAUUGUAAUGCUUUCAUGGGUUUUGUGGAAUCAGAAAGUAUGUCUCUUUGUAUUCUUUGGUUUUUAUAUAGAGAAUUUAUGUAUUCUUGGUUUUUGUAUAGUAAAGGGAUUCAAGUAAUGUUUGAGGAAUGACAGUGUCACCACUGCUUUAUUCAUUCCUUGCCUGCUUUUGAUAAAUUUUAGUAACAGAUUCCUAAAACAUGUUGAUUAAAAAUAAAAAGUAACCAUAUCCUCACAUACUAACUUUACUCAAUAGUGCUUACAGGAAAUAUAAAGUAGAAAAUGAUUUCUGCCCACUUUACCCAUGGACACAUGAUACACAAGCAAAAAGAAUUUAGAAAUUAAGCCAAAAAAAAGAGUACAACAUUAAUUUAACUGAAAGCAACAAGGGCAAAACUGUCUUCUUUUGUAGAUUAUAGUACUUUGUAAUACUAUACAUUAAAUUUGAUUUGCUUGGUAAGUUCUUAGGGAUAUGACAGAGUUACUUGUAGGGGAUGACUGCUAAGAGGUUGGUAUGUGAGGAUAUUGGAAGAAGUAGUAUUAGUUAGGAGUAGGUCUGAAAUUCUGGCCAAGAAAUAGAUAUUUAACCCAUAAAGAGGUAGUCACUAUACAUUACUGAAUAGCAGAAUGACACAAAAUGAGAAAUCACUAAAUUCUUGGUGCACAGUAACGUUUGUGAGCUUAGUUUAAUGAAACAUUUUUAUUACAGUAAAUCUCUGAGAUAACAACACUUUGUAAUGUUCUUCAGAAGUUAAAAAUGGUACUGCUCUGUGAAGUAUUUUUUUUAAAAGAAGUACAUUAAUAUUUACCCAUAUUUAAAACACUGGCAUUAAGUGUCCUAAAAUAAUUGAAUCUUCUAAAAUGUACAAGAAGCAAUGCUUUUUGAUAAUAAAUUUGCAAAUGAUAAAUAUAAAAAAACUUGAUAUCUAAAAAAGCAGCUAAGGUCAAAUUAUUCCAAAGUAUAUAGGCAGACAUCAUUAUUAGAUAGAUUAUGAAACUACAGGGUAGUAUGUUACAUUUCACUGCAUAUUUUAUUAAACUAAGUUCUCAUAGUUUCUCAGCUGCAUAUAUUACUUUUUAAUCUCUCUUAUAACUAUCUGAGGAGAAGAACUAGCACACUGGGAUGGCUGUAGUCUCCCCUUAUCCUUGGGAGAAUAUGUUCUAAGACCCCCAGUGGAUGCCUCAAACUGUGGAUAGUCCCCAAUUCUAUGUAUACUGUAUUUUUUCAUACAUACCUAUGAUAGAGUUUAAUUUAUAAAUUAGGCAUAGCACAACGCACUU